AUGACGGAAGGUUUAAAGUUAAUUGUCAUCGAGCUGAACAAGCUGCUCGAGACGGAUUACAAUCUGAUAACGUUCGACUCGCUGUCGCCGGAAUCGUUGCUGCAGCUGUUGACGGAUGUGUUUCACGCGUUCGGUGCCAUCGACCGGUUGGACGUGCGGGAGAACGAUCCGGAGGACACGAAUGCGCACGUGAUGGAGGCAUUGCGGAAGGUACAGUACCGCCCGGCGGAGGACAUCGACGAUCCGGGCGCGUUCCGGCGUGGAAUGGUACGGGGCGAGAAGAAGCUCAUCCAUCCGAUCCUUCGCUGGAUGUUUGAGAACCGCGAGAGGGUUAAGAAGGCCGCAUAUUUGGCCAAAUUUUUGAUUCCGCUGGACCUGCCGCCCGAGGCGAUGUCGAUGCCGGAACUGGGCAGCCUUUGGGCGCAAUAUCUGGAGACGAUGAACGACUUCAAGGAUGCCCACCGGGCGUACGAGCAAUCGGUGCACGAGGGCACGCAGACACGCGAGCUUCGCAACGACAUUAGCGCGAUCGAGACCGAGAUCGAAAAUGUGAAGAAGCGUAUCGAGCGUACGCAGGCCCGGCUGGAUAAGGUGCCGCAGCAGGAGCUGCUGCUGGAGGCGGCCAACAGCUUGCGCAUCGAGAAGGAGCGCCAGAAGGAGCUGCUGCAGCAGAUCGACGAGCAAAAGCAGGGCCUAAACCGUGCGACCAUGGUGCAUGAACGGCUGCAGAAAGAUCUACACAAUGCGAAGAUGUCCGUGCAGGGCGCGACACCACAGAAUCUGAUGGAGAGCAUCAUCGAGGAAACGCAGGUGCUGGAGUUUAUGGUGCAGCAAAAGCUGCCCCAGGAGUUGCACCAGCGCCGGUCCGAGGUGCAAACGCUGCAGGAGGUGAUCGACGAGCCGAACAUAACCCGGGGCGAUCUGCAGGAGCUGCAGCAACGCGUGGACGAGAUGGGCCGAGAAAUUCAGCGGCUGGUUGAGGUGCGUCUCGCUGAGUACAGCACCCAGAAUGACACGCUUGGUCCGUUCCGGCAGCAGGCAGCAAUGGUGGCCCGGAACAAGGAAGCCGCCGCGGAACAGCUCGAUCAGAUGACGAAGGAGCUGCGCGAGGUGGAGCGGCAGCUGCAGGACAGGCAACGUCAGCUGCAGGAAACGGUCGGCGAAGUGAUACUGCGCGGCGAAGAUUUGAAACAGUUCGUCAGUACGCUGCGCGCCAAAAGCAACGUGUACAAGCAGCAGCGCGCGGAACUGGCCGCGGUCAAGGCGGAAGUGCACGAUUUAACGCAAACGCUCGAGAACUUAAAAUCCCAGGAUCCGUCCCUAUCGACGACACUGUCCCAGAUGACGGACGAUGAUGUGGCCUCGCUUGGGCCGAACGCGCCGUUGGACGGUGGCGAUGAUGGGGACGUUGGGGGCCGUCGCACGGAAUCGCCCAUUACCGGUCGAGGCAUGACGGAGCUGGCGCGCCUCGUCGAUGGCCUUCAAAGGGCAGUCGGGGCCGCCCGUGAACGCGUCACGCCACUUUCGCAGCAGCUACGGCCACUGCGGGAACGUGUCAUCGAGCUGAAAGACGAAAUGGACUCCAAAAAGCAGACUUACGAUGCCCUGAUCGCUACGCUGAAUGCUGAAUCAGCCACGAUGCAGUCGAAGAUCGCGGAAGCAGAGCGCGCCAUACGCAAGCUCGAGCAGGAAUGGCAAGAGCUUCAGAUGGAGCACGAACGUUCUCAGCUGCUGCUGGAGAAAGCGAACGAGGAACUGGCCACCAACGGUAACGGGGAGCGAGUGUCACUAAAGGAAACACUGUCGCAACAGAUCCUUGAGCAGGAAACAACGUUAAAACGGCUGACGGAGGAAAGGGUGUCCCUGCACGCCAGCAAGAAUGAUCGCGUACAGCAGUUGGAAAUGUGGACCGAUUUGAGAAAAUUGUUCGAGGUGAAAAUUCGUUGCCUGCACGAACGAAAGCAGCGCGGGCCGGGUGGAACACUUUCCGUCAGCCGUGGUGGAGCUGAAACGUUUACUCUGCAGUGA